GUAUAAAUACAAAUAAUACUUUUAAACAAAAAUUUGGAAAAGAUUACACCUUAAACAAUAGAUCAUUUGAUGUAUUUUCGAAUUUGUCAUCUACCAACACAUGUAACAAAAAAAAAUCAUAUUCAACUGGCUCUUCUCAUUGUGAACAGUUUACGAAUAAUCAAGAUAUUGCAUCCAGAUGUAAUAAGAAAAUUUCAAUAAAAAUACCUGCAAUGGAACGAUUAUUACCCAUAGGAUCUUCAGCACGUGUAAUAAAUCAACAGCAAGGAAAUGAGAGUGGAAUUUAUGCAUUAAAUUAUAGAUUAAAUCUACAUAGCGUUUCAGAAUUAGAAAUACCUUUACCAGAGAGGUUACUUCGUAUUAAAUCAGAAUAUGAAGAUCCGUCAAAAGAAAUUUGCCAUAAAAAUCAAAUUUUGGAAUUUUCUAAGAAAUUAGAUUCAAUUAAUUUGGUUACAUCUAUUCAGCAUUCCCGUUGUAAUAAUACUAAUUAUUCCAACGAUAAUCUUAGUAACCACUUGGCCCCUAAAGAUUGU